CUUCCGUGUGCACUGCGGCUUUUGACCGGCCGGGAGCUGGAACCGGUUAGGGUCCUGCUUCUGGCGUCUGACUUCCCUACACUCAUAUCACCUUACGCGGCACUCACAGCGGGGACAUGAGUGUUCCUGUGCCACCGCCCCCGGACGGGCUCCUGACCGGGACCUCCGACAGCCUGGAGGCCGGCGAGCCCACGCUGGGUUUGAGUGAUGCUUCUCCAGAUGAAGGACUGAUAGAGGACUUCACUGUGGAGGACAAAGCUGUGGAGCAACUGGUGGGAGGCCUGCUGUCCCACUACUUACCAGAUCUGCAGAGGUCGAAGCAAGCCCUGCAGGAACUCACACAGAACCAAGUCGUGUUACUAGAUACACUGGAACAAGAGAUUUCAAAAUUUAAAGAGUGCCACUCCAUGCUGGACAUCAAUGCUUUAUUCACAGAAGCGAAGCACUAUCAUGCCAAGCUGGUGAAUAUAAGGAAAGAGAUGCUGAUGCUUCAUGAGAAAACAUCCAAGUUAAAAAAAAGAGCUCUUAAGCUCCAGCAGAAGAGACAGAGAGAAGAGCUGGAAAGGGAACAGCAGAGGGAAAAGGAAUUUGAAAGAGAAAAGCAGCUGACAGCCAAGCCAGCCAAAAGGACUUGAGAGCCGAGCUGUGGGUGUCUGUUGCCCUGCCAUACUCCCUGGGUCCCCAGUGUUGUUCAGAGAGAGGGUGCGGAUGGUGCCUUAUGCCAUGGGCAUGUUUGAAACCCUUCCCAGGGUUGCCGUGUCGCCGUGACUUCAUUUCACUUCACUCAAGAAGCCUUCUUUUUGAUAUUUUUAAAUUUUGCUUAAUUUUAAAAUGUAUUACUUUUAUCUUCAAUCAUUUGUAAACUGGAAAACAUUUCUGUUAUUACAAGAGUCUGAACACUAGUUCAAAGUGAGUACAAGUGCUUGAGCUUCUUGAGAAUUGAUUUUAAAGUUUCUCUUCCUCCUCUCAUGAUGACAGGCCUUUCUUGCACUGCAACACUGAGUUUUGACAAUUGCUUUUCAUUGCUUAAAGAGAAAUUCCAAUUGUCUGAUCACAAAUCUGGGAAGGAAGCCACCAAGCCUUUGUGAAGAACACAGGAAGUGUGUGUACCCUGGAAAUCCAGCACCUUAGAUGAGGGUGUGUGGGGGGGAUGACAGACAGAUUCUUCCAGCCAUUCUGUUUUUCAGGGUUGGUGCUUUUGUAGAUUUGGGAUUCUAAGCAGGGUUCCAUCCAUUCGUAAAGUUGUUCAGCCAUGGUGGACCCACCAGACACUCUUCACGCACUUAUGCUGAGUGAAGGAGGGCAUGUCUGUUCUUUGUCUUUUCUUCUCAGAUGAGGUCUCUACAAAGCCCUAGCUGUCCUGGAACUCACUAUUUAGACCAGGCUGGCCUCAGACUCACAGAGAUCCACCUGCCUCUUAUUGCUGAGUGCUGGGAUUAAAGGCGUGUGCCUUUAGAAGUAGGCACUAAAAGCACUGGCUGGCUCAGUGGUUUUAUAAGUAGAACAAAGUCUAAUGUUGCUCAUGUCAUGUGUAAUUACAGGGUCGGUGGAAUGUCAGUAAAUAGUAUACAAAAGAGGCAGCACGAUACCUUUAGUUAUAUUCCUGAUGUUGUGUGUGGGAACUUACUUUGUAGGGCAAAUGAAGUUUCAUUGUUAGAAAUCAAGACUAUUAGUAUGUGUUCCCAUGUUAGUGUGUCCUAUGCAGCUGGAUUCUAACGCUACUGUGUGUGAGCAGACCAGAACUACAAAGGUCUGAGAAGAAUGCGCAUCUUUUAUGUUCCAUGUUCCACCUUUAGUAAGCUGGAGUCACUACUGCUGGUCACAUACUGGGCGAAUGAUAAAGAGGCCAUUAAAGAUGAAUGAUGUUAAAAACUCCUCAGUUUAAAGGCUUAGCUACUUUGAAAGAGCCUUAUCCUUCUUUAAUGAAUGAAUCAUGAUCUCACAAGUCACUGCUCUUGACCUUCUCUUUAAGAAUACAAAUGUGUCUAUUGAAAGGCUGUUACUCUUAGUCACUUUCUGUCACUCCCAGAGCAGAAGUCACUAGGACUUGCAGGACAAUGUCAUUAAAUUACAGAAUGUACUGUUAUAAUAAAAUAUCUGACAUCUGACAAA